UCCAGUUCCAGUUCCAGCAUCCCCAUGGAAUAAUAAAUGCCAUUGUUUAUUUGACUUGUUGAGUGCAUGUGCUUGUCCGGUGGCUUCGGUGCCCGAUCGAAGCCCGAAUUAAAGAUACAAUGAUUAUAUGGACCUGCGUCGUUAACGUGUAAUGUGCAUAAAUAAUUUAGGCCCAAGAUUCCACGCACGCACACAGACACACAUAUGUAUAUAAGCCAUAAGUGAUGCGCGAUAGCCGAGAGUGAAAAUUGUUAACUGCGCAAACGCAAACGCGUUUUCCCACCUAGAACCAGUCGAAAAUCGCAUAACGAGCACCCCCUCCAAUGACGCUGCUCACAUCCUCGCUGCUGCUCUUUUCGCUGCUGACGUCGCGGCUCGAAGCAAUUCCGGUUUUGGAGAAGUCCCCCGCCCAUCCUGCCCACUCUGCACAUCCCGCGCAUCCCUCGCAUCCAUCGCCUGGCGUGCGAAUUCUUCGCGCACCCGAAUCAUUGGUGGCGCCCCUGGGAGACGAGGUGGUGCUGGAGUGCGAGACCAGUUUACAGCCAGAGCGUUUCGAAUGGAGUCACCGGUCCAGCAGAUCUUCGGGAGCGGGGUUCAAGUACCUUAGGACUGGCACGGCCAAAGCGAAUGUCUCCCAGGAGGCGGCCAUCUCGCGGCUGAAGGUGCUCGUCCGACAGGACACUCUAGGGGAGUACCGAUGCGUUGGUUGGUUCGGUCCCCUGGUAGUCACCUCCACCACAGCCCGAUUGGAACUGGCCAGCACUAGCCUGUUGGGCGGCCAAGAAUCGGAAUCACCCCUCCAAUGGCGGGUGUCUGCUGGGAACUCUGUGCUCUGGCCCUGUGGACAACAGGUGAAAUCCAAUCCGUCUGCCAGUUGGUCCUACUACCGAAACGGAGUGGAAAUUAAACCAGAGUUUAUCGGAACCAAUGGAAAUAUAUUCCUGAGCAAUGUAUCCUCCGAGUCGUCAGGCAGCUAUUCCUGCCAGGCCACCAAUCCAGCCUCUGGCGAGCGAAUUCAGCUGACCGGCUCGAUGCAACUACAGGUUACACCUGAGCAGAGGUCGCAGAGUAAAUCCCCACACUUGCUCAAUGGGCAGCCGAACUCCCAAGAAAUUACCAUUCGCGAAGGGAGCUCGCUGUUGCUGCUGUGUCCUGGAGUUGGCUCACCGCCACCGACUGUUGUCUGGAGCAGCCCCGAUGUCGUGGGAGCUGUUAAGAACAAGCGUUCAAAAGUAAUUGGACAUGCUUUGGAGAUAUCCAACACCCGAGUUCAGGAUGCGGGCACCUAUAUCUGCUUCCAAGAUAAUGGUGUGCGGCCUGUGCUGGAACACUACAUAAAGGUGCAUGUAGAGCAGCCGCCGCAGAUUGUGCGACCGCCCUGGGCCGAUCUCACCAACGAGGGCGAUCGCUUAAAGCUGGAGUGUGAGGCCACAGGAGUGCCAACGCCAGAAAUCUACUGGCUGCUGAACGGGCACAGCAGCCUCGAUGAUACUGAGGCUGAGCUAUCCAACAAUUUUUUGAUACUGCAUAGCGUCUUAAAGCGUCAUGCAGGAUAUGUCCAGUGCUUUGCACGAAAUAGACUCGGUGAGCACAGUGCGGGUACCCUGCUGCAGGUGAAUCCCAAGCAGAUCCAGGAACCGCGGGAAUCGGGAGGUACACACCGUCCCAAGCCCAACCAGGGUUCCAAGCAGAAGCAGAUGUAUCCACCGACUCCACCAAAUGUUACCCGACUCAGUGAUGAAUCCGUGAUGUUGCGCUGGAUGGUGCCCCGAAAUGAUGGAUUGCCCAUUGUCAUUUUCAAGGUGCAGUACCGCAUGGUGGGCAAGCGCAAGAACUGGCAGACUACAAACGAUAAUAUACCCUACGGAAAACCGAAGUGGAACUCGGAGCUAGGCAAAAGCUUCACGGCUUCGGUGACGGACCUUAAGCCGCAACACACUUACCGUUUCCGUAUCCUAGCCGUUUACUCCAACAACGACAAUAAGGAAAGUAAUACCUCGGCAAAAUUUUACCUGCAGCCAGGUGCAGCACUGGAUCCAAUGCCGGUCCCAGAGCUCCUGGAGAUCGAAGAAUAUUCAGAAACCGCUGUGGUGCUGCACUGGAGCUUAGCUAGCGAUGCGGAUGAACACUUGAUCACAGGAUACUAUGCCUACUAUCGACCCUCGUCCUCAGCAGGGGAAUAUUUCAAGGCAACCAUUGAAGGAGCCCAUGCUAGAAGCUUUAAAAUUGCCCCCCUCGAGACGGCCACUAUGUACGAGUUCAAGUUGCAGUCCUUCAGUGCGGUCUCUGCGUCCGAAUUUAGUGCCCUUAAACAGGGGCGCACCCAGCGUCCCAAAACCAGCACCACGGAGGAGCCAACACUGCAAAUGGGCGACCGAGAUACAACCACUCCCAGUCACAACGAGACAUUCAAUAUGAGUCCCAUGCUGACGGGAACAAUUGGCGGCGGGGCAGUGCUUAUUCUGCUCCUGAUCAGCACAUGCUUAUGUGUGUGUCGGCGGAGGAGUUCCAGGAGCAGGGGAAACAAUCCAAAUAAGCCACGAAUGGCGGAGCUGAGGGAUGACUUUGUGCCACUGGGAAACUGCUCGCCCACCAAACAGCGCCAGCGAACACGUCACAUACACAUCACUCUGAAUCCACUUGCCCAGCAGCAGCAGCAGGCGUUGGAGGAGAAGAACGACACGGACCAGGAUGCACCCUAUUAUCAGCGACCAUCAAGCUACGACUACGAUCCCGGCCUGCGCAGGAUGUCCUCCUCCUCGCUGCGCCGCUCACAACGCACGCUGGAACGUGCUGGCGGCAGUAAUGGCUCCAACAACGGCAACAAUAACAAUCUGAAUCAAUCCGCAGAGGCGGGUCCGGUCGAAAAUCCCGGAAAGCCGGGUCGUGUACUCAUGAAGCGCCCCCGCCUGUCCAGUCGCUCCGAGAACCUCUCAUCCGGCAGCCUCAACAGCGUGGGCGUGUAAUCGCAAUCUCGUGAUCUUUAGUCUGUACAUCCCUACGCCCGAUGUACCAUGCUAUUCCUCUACCUCUGUUUUAUCUACCACUUUGAAUGACAAAACCUUUGCUGUUUGUACUUAUACGAAUACCACUUAGAGUUAAGGUACUUAAAUAGACAUAACUAGAUUUAUGCAUGCAUGAUCGUUUAAGAACAUAGCAUUAUGUCCAUUCUAUGGUAAGUCUUCCAUUUUUCGCGAUAAGAUCAAAAUCUGUACUGAUAGCUUCUUAAUGACCUUUACAAAAAUGACAAUAAAGCUUGUA